UCUAAUCUCUUCUGUGUUCCCUGCCGAGGGGUGACUUGACGACACUCCCCGAUCCAAUUGGGGGUUGGAAUAUCAUCGUCGUCGUCAUCCUCGGUCGCUGCCGGUGCUCCUCGCGCGCCCCACCUCCCCCACCCCGCCCCGCCCCCCCGGGCCUCUUUUGCGGCCGCAAAUCUACCACCAGUCUUACCUCGAUUGCUAACCCUAACCCUAGACUGGAACCCCUUUACCGUCCCGCUUCUUCUCGCUCUCCGUAGUGCUGUCAUUGUCUGCCUGAAGUCGCCGAUCAGGUGAUUGAUUCUUUUUAGCCUAAAAGAUCGAGAAUUCGUUCCCCUGACGUCGUUAUUGGAACCCCUUUACCGUCCCGCAUCUUCUCGCUCUCCGUAGUGGUGCCAUUGUCUGCCCGAAGUCGUCGAUCAGUUUGGUUUCCUUGUGCGAGUGGUUGACAUGUCGAUGUGUUUUUCAAGCAUAAAGAACUAAGAAUGAAGAAAAUGUCAUCGAAGAACAAUGGUUGCCUUACCCAUAGGCGACGCUGCCCGUGUGGAGAUGAGCAGUGUUGCAUCAGACUUGAUGAGGAUGAAGAAGACAUAUCGAUGGAUCCUUCGGCUCUCUCGGAACCAAACCUUAUGCAGGGAGCACAACAUAUUACUGCUGAGGCCACUGCAGUUGACGCUCCUUAUGUCGGACAGUCUUUUCGGACCGAUGCCGAGGCCCAGGAAUACUAUACCAACUUUGCCAGGAAGAAUGGGUUUGCCAUCCGGCGAGAGCGCUCAAAAGGGAAUCCAGCACAUCCACUGGGUGUUUAUAAACGGGAACUUGUCUGCCAUCGUGCUGGAGUAUCUCUGCCUAGGAAAACUGUAGAACUCAAACGGCAGAGAAACAAGAAAUCAUCACGCUGCAGAUGUGAGGCUCAGAUGAUUAUCAAGAAGAAUGUUCUAAAGGGUACGAGCUGUUGGAUAGUUGUUCAUUUCAGUAAUGAGCAUAACCAUCAGUUGUUGGAUAGUGAGGAAGUCCGCCAUCUCCCUGCCUACAGGAAUAUACCUCCGGCUGUCCGUGAACGUAUUUUGUUUCUGUCAAAGGCUGGUUGCACUGUGAAUCUUAUGAUGAGGGCACUUGAGAUGGAAAGGGGAGCGAAGCCAGGUCAUUUAACUUUCACAGAGAGGGACUUGAGGAACUUUCUUCAGGCUAACAAGGGCAUUGAUCGAGAAACCGAAGGUUCAGAACUCCUUAAGGCCUGCAAGGCUAUGAGGGACAAGAGCUCAGAUUUUCGUUAUGACUACACGUUGGAUGCAAAUGAGAAGCUUGAGCAUAUUGCUUGGUCAUACCCAGACGGUGUUCAUGCAUACAAGGUUUUUGGGGAUGUAGUUAUUUUUGACACAACAUAUCGUUUGUAUGCAUAUGACAGGCCUUUUGGAGUAUGGUUUGGCGUGGACAACUACGGAAAUCUAAUAUUUUUAGGUUGUGUUCUACUGCAAGAUGAAAGGCCAGCUUCAUUCAAAUGGGCCUUGCAGUCAUUUGUUAGUCUUAUGGAUGGGAAGUUCCCACAAACAAUAAUGACUGAUCUAGACAUGGGACUUCGAGAGGCUAUGAUGAGUGAAUUGCCAAACACUAAACAUGCUUUUGGCAUAUGGUAUGUUACACAUAGAUUAUCAAGCUGGUUUUCUACCUUACUUGGUUCGCAAUACAAUUCAUUUAUGAAUGCUUUCCAUCAAGUCCAUAGCCUGGAGAGUGAGAAUGACUUUGUGCAACAAUGGGGUCAUAUGGUUAAUGAGUUUGGGCUAGCUUCAGAUAGACAUAUAGCCAUACUUUCACUAUAUCAAUCCUAUUGGGCAUUACCAUUCUUACAUGGUUGGUUUCUUGGGGGAUUGACGACUAGUUCUUCAGUGUCUAUCAAGCCAUUCUUCAGAGGGUUCCUGAAUGCACAAACACGUCUAAAAGAUUUUGUGGAGCAGGUGGGUGUCGCAAUUGAAUUACAAAAUCAAGCUGGAGAGGAAGCAACAAUGAGGCAGAAUUAUCACAAUGUCAAGAUUAAAACAUGCAUGCCUAUUGAAGAACAUUGUUUGAGUAUAUUGACGCCUUACGCGUUUGAUAUGUUUCAGAAAGAACUUAUAUCAUCGACACAAUUUGCAGUAUAUGAGUCACAGAGGGAGACUUACCUUGUCCGCCACCGGUUGAAGGCAGAUGGAGGCUAUAUAGUGCAGUGCUUUCCAUCGGAGCAAGAGUUAUGUUGCAGUUGCAAGGGAUUCGAAUCCUGUGGAAUAUUAUGCAGGCAUACCCUCAGAGUGCUUUCUUUGAAAAAUUGUUUCAUGCUUCCAGAUAGAUACCUAUUGAUGCGGUGGCGUCGUGAAAGCUCAUUGUUUCCAAAAAGCAGUGGUUACAAUUAUCGAUCCCAAGCUUUACGCUCCCUUUCAUCAAUCAUAAUACAGGAAUCUUCAAUAACAAAAGACCGUUUCAACUAUGUGCAGUGGCACAUGAGUAAGCUUCUCACUCAUGUGAGGAACAUGCCGACAGUUGAUGAAGUGGUCUCAGAUAUGGAGACUGUCACAUCAGUUGAUACUACAGUCUCAAAUAGAAGAUCUAGAGCAAGGCUCAGAAAAGUAAAAUCAGUUGUUGAAAUGCCAAACGAGACACAAGAAUUAUCCAAGGCUCAAACAUUUUCAGAAACACUAGAAUUGUCAGAAUUGCCUUAGCACCUACAUGAUACAUGGAAAUUUUGUUUCCUUCGUCGACAUGUUGACCUCUUUAAUUUAUAUUCGAUAUCUUAAGAACCUUUUUUUGUGUUUUUCCUUCUGUUCAAAAUGUAGUGAUCUUGUAGCAUUACCGUUAUAUGUGUGUGUAUAUAUAUCAGUCUUAUAGUAAUUAUAUUGCAAUA